AACUGAUGACCACCAUGUAUUGCUGGUCUCUCUUCGCAUUGCUCUUUGUCACCUGUAUGGAAGUUUCCCUACAGAAGAAAACAAGGCAAAGCCCUCAAACUCUCUCAAGAGGUAAGGCUGAUGUAUCAAUGUAUCCUAGCCCCACCCCUAACGUCUAUUUAAGUUUACUACACUCCCAGAAAAAAAGGGUUCUUCAGCUGUCCCCAUAGGAUAACCCUUUUUGGUUCCAGGUAGAACCCUUUUGGGUUCCACAUAGAACCUUCUGUGGAAAGGGUUCUACAUAGAACUCAAAAGGGUUCUACCUGGAACCAAAAGGAUUCUACCUGGAACAAAAAAGGGUUCUCCUAUGGGGACAGCUGAAGAACCCUUUCAUGUUCUAAAGCACCUUUUUUCUGAGUGUACUAAAACAGUUCUCCAUCCCCAUUACAUUAACACCAAAUCCAUUAAUUCUGAUUUCCAUCCUCAAUUUUGUCUCAGGAUGGGGAAAUUACAUUACCUGGGUCCAGACCUAUGAGGAAGCCCUGAAGACAAUGAAAGAAAGGUAAGACAAGAUUAGACAAAAUACACAACAAGACAUCAAAUUGCAAUUGUGUUGUUUGGUUAGUGGCAUAUGUUUGACAAUUAGAGCAGUCUUUCAAACGUCUGAGUGACAUUUUUUAUUAAAGCCAUCUGCUUACGUUACAGCCAUAUCCUCACAAUUAUUAUAUCACAUUUACAAUUGACAUUUUAGUCAAUUAUCAGACACUUUUAUCCAGAGCGACUUACAGUGCAUUCAUCUUAAGAUAGCUAGGUGAGACAAUCACAUAUCACUGUGCCCCAUUAAUUGAACCUGUCCAAUGAAACUAAUCAAACUGUAACGGAAAUCAUCAUAUUUAUUAUAUGGUUGCAUCCCAAAUGGCACGGGCAACAUAUUCACUAGAUAGUGCACUACUUUUGACCAGGGCGCUAUCAAAUAGGAAUAGAAUAGGAAAUAGGUUGCCAUUUGGGACACACCCAGCCUGUGUUCUCUUAUCUCCAUAACGACACCAGGGCCUUGGGACGUUGUGCUUCUCUGUAAACACAUCCACCCACUACUUAUUCUGUAGUGGAAUGUGUUCUUUUUUUUGUCUGUGUCCUCAUAUUCCCACAGUAAGAAGCCUCUGAUGGUCAUUCAUCACAUGGAGGAUUGUCCUCAUAGUCAAGGUAAUACUGCUGUGCUUUCAUACUCACACAUACGUCAUCUAACCAAACAGCCCCAACCAAGGUCUUUGUUGCCUUACAGUUCAAGUAAUUCUGGUCUUGUAUCAACAUGUCUCUAGACAUGAUCAUUUGUAAAGGCUUGUAUGACAAAUUCCACUUUAUAAGGAUAAAGUGUGUUGAAGUUAAAGGUGAGCUUCUCACUAACUGUCAUUCUGUCACACUUCCUUCCACAGCUCUGAAGGCGGCGUUUGCUGCUGAUAAAACCAUUCAGAAAAUGGCCCAAAAGGAUUUUGUUAUGCUCAAUUUGAUGGUAAUUGAUAACAUUUUAUUGCUUUUCAACAUAAACUCAUUGGAAGCAAUGAAAUUAUAUGGUUAUAACCAUAUCCCAAUCACAGAUCAUACAUUGUAUCAUGCAUUUCAUUAUUUCCUUACUUGGAGGUAAAUAUUAGAAUUUAGAUGUUAAAUAGAUGAUAGAUGUUGAUUAGAAAUGUAUAUUUUGAUUUAUUUUUCAGCAUGAGACUGAAGACACGAAUCUGGCACCAGAUGGCAACUACGUUCCAAGAAUCAUGUUUGUUGGUGGGUCUCUUCUACUAUGUCAUCUCACUUAGGAAAUAAAUCACCACUUAUUCUGAAUCCCCAACACAUCACUCACAAUGUCCAAUGCUUGCUGUGAGAUCUUUGAUGCAACUGUAUUCAGUGCCUCACAUAACUUUAUUUUAAAUCAGUAGCCAUUUGCCUAAGAACCACCAAAUAACUUACAUGUGUGGGUCUUGAUCAAGGGAUCAAUGUAAUUUAUGUCGCCAUAGUGUUAGAAAUGGAAUAGUAUGAAUAAAGCAUUACAAUCUAGUUAUGCCCCCAUAAUGAUGUAUUAUGUUUUGAAGCUUUGGCAAAGUGCUCCAAAAUAGCUCUCCUCCCCACAGAUCCAUCCAUGACUGUGCGUGCAGACCUUGCUGGGAAGUACAGUAACCACCUGUACACCUACAAGCCGAGCGACGUCCCAUAC